AUGAAGAUGUUUAUGGGUGGUUACAAAAUUCAGAUUUUGGAUCAUUUAGAGCGACCCAAAUUAGAUCUUACCCCAUCAAUCAAGGGAUCAGACUUUGUCAGAAAUGAUGCAACAGCACAAUCACAUGAAAUUCGUUUGCCAAAAAAUUUCACAUGUGACGACUGCACCAUGAGACUCCUACGUCAAGCUGAUGAAUGGACAAACUCAUAUAGAUUUUGGUCUUGUGCUGAUAUAGAUAUAAAACCUCGAAAAGAGUAUAGGGAAACAUGCUCGAGCCAUGGAAAAUUUAUUGCAACCAAAUGCAAAUGCGACAAAAAUUAUUACGGUUCAAGAUGUCAGUAUUGGGACGAAUGUACAGUUGAUCAAGAUUGCGGUCUGCAGGGAAGCUGUGUUGACAUCGGUGGCACUGCUUUACCUCGUAAACAAUGUUUCUGCAAGUUAGGCUGGUUUGGAACUGGCUGUAAUAAAAAAUCCCCAGUGAAAUCAACGGACAUUGAUAUGUCUCUUUAUACAACAAAAACUCUAACACCAGAUUUCACCAUCCAUUGGAGAUUAUUUAAAGAACAAAAGGAAAUUGAAAUGGUGUUAGUUGUAAAUGGAACAUCAUGGGUUGGAUUUGGUUGGAGACCAAAAAAAUUGACAGCGGAAUGUCGAAAAUUCCCAGCUUUGUAUGAUCCUGGAUUUUCAGCAGUUUCACCGGAACCAUCAAGCGAGCCUGAGCCAACAAGCGAACCAACUAGUGAGCCUUCAUCAGAGCCAUCAGGUGAACCUAAAGCAGAGCAUACGAAUGAAUCUUCUUCGAAAAUUCAAGAGCCAUUAGCUUUGGGAUCAUCAAAAUCAAAAAGAGUUGCUGCGCCACAAACUCCCAAAAUUCCAACAUCCAAAGAUGAAUAUACGGUUUCAACAAGCGUUUCGUAUCGUGUCAGCACUGUCACUGGUGGGCGUAAAAAGCGAGCUGCUCAAAAAAGUUUUAAAAAGAGUAAAAAAAUAGAAGACUCGACAACUCCAGAACCUGAGCCAAACACGCCUGCGGCUGAAACAGAACCAACUGUUGCAGAACCCGAGCCUACUGUGGCUGAGCCUGAGCCUACUGUGGCUGAGCCUGAGCCUACUGUGGCAGAACCCGAGCCUACUGUGGCAGAACCCGAGCCUACUGUGGCUGAACCCGAGCCUACUUCAGCUGAACCUAAAACGACAGUGGCUGAGCCCGAGCCGGCUGCACCUGAGCUUAAAACGACAGUGGCUGAACCCGAACCUACUGCAGCUGAGCCUAAAACGACAGUGGCUGAACCCGAGCCCACUGCAGCUGAGCCUAAAACGACAGUGGCUGAGCCCGAGCCCACUGCAGCUGAGCCUAAAACAACAGUCCCUGAACCCGAGCUUACAUCGCCUGAACCUGAAACCAAAUCUGAACCAAAAAUCAAUUUAAAAUCUGAGAAAAUUGUUGAAAAGCCCUCACAAAAACAAACUGCAUCAAAAGACUACACGCCAAAACAUGACUUCAAUCCAAUGGAUUGUACAGAUAUUGUCAUAGGUACAGCACGAGGGGAAAUGAGUCGUGUUUGGGAUUAUUAUACUCGCGAUCGUUCGACACCUCGUUUAGAUACAUUUUGGGGUGGAAAGUCUGAAUUAACUGCUACUGGUGGAUUUGAAAAGGAUGGAAUAACAACAAUCAUCUUCCGUAAAAAACUAGAUGCAAAUGAACCAACAGAUCAUAGUAUAACUGAUGAUUUAAUGCACGUUAUUUGGGCCAAAGGUCAAGAGCCCCAAAAAUAUGUUCAUUUUCCACCGUCGGGUUUGGAGAAAGAACAAGCAUUAAAUCCAGAAUUUUAUCAACCCGAUGAACUCAAAUAUCACGGACAUCGGUUACAACGUGGUUACACACAAAUAAAUUUUUUCGAUGAAGAUAAACCAGCACAAACUGCAGCAUCACCUCAUGAGUUAAACAACGAAUGUCAUGGACAUUGGAAAACUCCAAGGGAUUGUUCAGCAGAGAAGCAUGAUUGUGAAUAUUUUAUCAGUUGGCAAACGGCUGGAAAAGGCGAUGAUAUAAAAUUCCAUAUUGAAACUAACAACACAAAUACAUGGACGGGAGUGGCAUUCAGUGAUAAUCAACAAAUGUCACAAUCAGAUGCAAUCAUCGGUUGGUUUGACAGUCGUAAUGGACGUCCGUUUUUGAUGGACACAUGGAUCACUGGAUAUUCUGCACCACUUUUAGAUGAAUCACAAGAUAUUUCGGCCAUAACAGGGAGCAGUAAUAAUGGCGUCACAAUUCUUGACUUUACGAGAAAACGAAUCAGCAAUGACCCUCAAGAUUUUUCAUUUUCCGAUGAACAUUGCCUUUAUAUGAUGUUCCCAGUGAAGGGUGGAGCUUUUAAUGCUGUAAAUAAGAAAACGAGAAAACAUGAAGAUGUUCCUAUCGUGACAUCAAAUCGCGUUUGUAUUAAAUCAUGCGGCCUUGACUCAACUGAUUAUGUCGGUGAAACGACAACGCCAGCACCAAAUCGUUUGGCUUAUGCUGUAUCAAUGAAAUUGAUUAAUUUAGCUGAUGGCUUCCAAGCUCCUAAGAAGGGAUCACAAGAAUACGAAGAUUUAUCGAAAACUAUUCAGAACAAUUUUAAUGGUGUUCUUGGUGACAUUCCUGGUUACUACAAGCUCGAUGAAAUUAGUUUUAACAAAAAUGACAAAGAUGUGAUUGCUAAAAUGAAUGUGCUAUUUGAUAAAGCGAGAUACGAAGAAGGUCGUUCGUUAGAUACAGAUAACAAGAAAUCUGUCGAUGAAAAAGACGAAGGCAAAGUCAUAGAAAAAGCAAUUAAGGAAAGUUUGGCCAGUGGAAAAGUGGGAUCAUUGAGUGUUGAUCCAAACUUCUUAGAUUUUGAACCAUUAGGAAUUGUUGCCGCACCUGAAGAAUCGACAAAAAGUAGACUGGCGGCCUUCUUCCAAUUAUCAGAAGUGCGACUUUACACAGUACUUGGAUGUAUUGCUGCUUUGGUCAUUGUAGCAUUGCUUCAAGCAACUUGCACAAUCAUGAAAUCCAGUAAAAAAUCAAACAGACAUAAACUUGUUUAUACGAUACCUGCUGAUGCAACAGGAAUGGUGUAUCAUCAUCAAAGUCCCCGUACAUAUUAUUAUCCUUAAAGCUCAAAGCGACAUCAUAAAAUUCAAACUCCCUGACCCUUAAGUAAUCGUGUUCUGUUUAAUGUAGUGUAAAAUUAUUAUUAUAAUUUCGUAGCUUUGCUGUAGAUAAAAUAUAGUAUCAGCUUGCCCUCGGGACUGAGUGAGAGAAAAUUAUGUAAAAAAAAAUAGACGAAUACUCGCAAGUGUAGUUAAAUGUAAAUAUUAAGCUUCCAGCAUUGUGUUUAUAUAAGUGUGACGUCAGAGGUUUAAGAAUUUCAGAUUAAAAUAUUCGCUUUGGUAGUCACACGAAAAAAAAAAAAUUAUCCUAGUUCGUCAUUAAAGUGAUUUUAUUCCCAUCAUGCUUUUCGCACAAACACACUCACUUUUGUAUGACAUACAAAAACGGAACUGCUACAGUCGGUGUAAAAAGAAAAUCCUUCGAUGUUAGAAUAGAAACAACAAAAACAAACAAACAAAAAAAAACUUCAAUACCCAAAAACUAAACUAAAAAGCUUAGCACACGCAAAAAACCGAAAAUGCUGAUACCUAACUCGGCUUGGAAAGAUUACUCUUCGAAUACAAAUUAUGCUUUUGAUGCAUUCGCCGAUCAUGAUGAGAAGCAUAAUGGGAAAUCACGAAACGGAGCUAAUAGUCGUUCAUCAACUGCUACAGUUCACAACGGAAUGAGCCAACAAACUACUUUGCAGAUGUCACAUUCGCCAAAUAAGUCGCAGUACUAUGACAUAAGUCGAAAUGGUAAUCGUUAUGGAGGAAAUGGAGAACAACAGCAUAGGCAUAGCAAGAAUGUUGACAGACACAGCCAUCCACAACAACAAUCGUCAUAUGCUGAUCGAUCGUACUCAUUACCACGCACGAUGAUACAACCACAUAAUCAAAUGGCUGGGUAUUACACGCAAGACCGACGAAAUAGAAGCAGUCACAACCCUAACGGAAAUAAUCAUAAUAAUUAUAAUCAUCACCGUCAAGCGCCUGAACGUUCCAAUGGAACAGACACGCCAGACUUUUAUUUUAUGCCAUCCCAAAGAAAAUAUUCAGGUGAAGUUGUGAGAGUGUACGUUGAUUAUAAUAAGGAUCCAAAGUAAUUUUUGCGCAUUAAUAUACGAAAAUUUAAAAGCUUUGGGUGUAGCAUUAGAUUAAAAUUUAUUCCCUUGCGUAGAUAGCGAGCUGUAAAAUGUAAAAAGCUUGUAACAUUGGCAACGAUUUAGUAUUCAUUAUCGUGGGCAUCAUUUGCUUCUACAUGGAAGCUUUUUUUCCAUCAUCAUCGAUCUAUUUUAUCGUCUCAACAGACAGACGAAUCACUUUUUUUCUCCAUUAGCUUCUGAAAUGAAUCAAAACCUACGCUUAAGGAAAGAAGAGUAAUCAUCACAUAUAGUGAUGAAUUUCUAUGAACAUCAUUCAAGCCGAAUUAUUAUAUUUAAGAUGACAUGGAGUUAACGAAGGUAUAAGAUAAGAAAACAUAAAUGAAAAUUUUGUAAUUCUACUUAGGAAAUCAUAAUUAAUUGCUUCGUUACCAUAAAAUCAACAAACAAACUCAAACUUUAUCAAAGUUUCUUAAGAGUUUAGUCUAAAUUUUUAAUUUUACAGAGUGUUUUAAUUAAAUUUUGUCUCAACUUGUCAUUGCUUUUAUGAUGAGAAAUAUGACGAAAUGAGAUCUAGGUCAGUGGUAAAAAUAAUUAAUAGCUUAACAACUCUAAAAUCGUUUUUGAGAUUUAUUAAAUUUUCUAAGUUACAUAACUAUCAAUAAAAAUUCUGUACGCACAAACAUUAAUCCUGAAGAUGCUUAAACUUUAUUUCUUCCUUCACGCUUCAUUUUUAUAACGAUCAAUCUAAUUGAUUGCUAUAUAAAUACAUAUAAAUAAACAUUAAUGUAAAGUGUGUGCCAUUCGAAUUAUUUCCACAAUCUGUAUACUAAGCAUAAGUGAGACCGAUCAAGAAACUUCUUCUUUUUCAUCUUAAUUAAACGUUAUUUGUAUGCUACCAUAGUCAUCAAAAACAGAUUAAAUUUCGUAUCAAUUUUCAUUUGCUAUCACUUAAUGCUGCUCACUGCAUAAGACACGACUGAGAAAUCAGUUUUCACUCUUUUCACGGCAUGUCUGAUGCUUUCUAUCUUCACCGCAAGCUUUAAAUGAUAUUAAAUACUUUACGCAUACAUUAUGUUUAUUGAAAGCCUUAAACAAACUCACAUAAAUACAUACAUAAGUUGAAGUUAAAUGUACACAACUAAAGAGUUAUUAUCCAGUGUCAAUUAUUACACUUUAAUUAAUGAAAACUCAUUACGAAGAAAGUUUGAGACUUUUUUUUGUAAAUAUUUUUAUACUUACGGAUGUUAAACCUUUAUUAGAUAAUAACAAUAAAUCAUUAUUAAGCAUAAUUAGUGAUAAUUGGUUUCUCGCUAGGAAAGAAAAACCUCAAAUGUUAGACAGUUGUAAUCAGGCUUUAACCUUAAAUCGGUAAAGUUAUUGACGAGAAUAAUUAUUUGUAAAUAUACUUAGAAAAGAUAUUUCUUUUAUUGAAAUUGUCAACAGUUUAUCGCAUAACAAAAAUAAAUAAAUAUGUACAUUGUUUCUUAUGAAUUCUCAAAGUUAUUAAAGUCACUGGUCCCUAAUAUUGUAGCUUAUAAAGCAAUGAACCCUUUUUUUCUUUUGUUUGCAUCAAUAAUAGCAAAAUGUAAUUUAAUCUUCGUUGGAUUACUAAAUAUCCAGUCAUUGGAAAGUAAAGUUUUUCUGUUACUUCCUUCAAUCAAAGAAAAACAAAAAUGA